AACAUUAAUAAUAAUCAACUGAAAGAAAAUCAGUAAAGCAAAAAAUGUAUUUUCGUACUUAUUUUUAUUGACUUUGUUUUAAAAAAUAUACCUCUUUUACUUUUAUUGUGACAUUUCUUUUUAAAUGUCCCAAAACGAUGUUUCAGAUUCUUGCCUCAUGCACCGGUAAAUUAAAUAUAAUUAUAUAAGCCGUGGCCUAUUGAACCACGAAAGUUAAGGCUAACUGCUCUCAACUAUUUAAAAUUUUUGUCAAAAUUAGACUUCUUAAGAAACGUCGACACGUAUUUUUUAAAUUAGAUAAAUAUACAAUUUGGCCUUGUCUUUGUGUUUGUUUGCCAAAGAAGACCGUGUCUCGUGAAGUGCGAAGUAAAAACCAAAGUUUAACCACUUGACGAAGAAAAAUAUGUUAAUCUUAAGAACGACCUUAUUGGCACUUCUUCUGUAUUCUCACCAGUCAGAAGUUAAAUGUCAGCUUCAUCAUUUGUCUGAAGAUAAGAAACCCGAGUGUAACUGUGAAAGCGACGAACGUUCUUUAGUGUGUGGAACCGACGGACGCACCUAUCAAUCUCCUUGUGAGAUAGAGCGCGCUAGAUGUGAGGGAUACCCAGUGAAAGUUAAGAACGAAGGAGAGUGUGUGGCAGAUUCGCCCAACUGCUUUGAUGUUCGAGAGUUAGCUAUAACCCAAGCUUCAAAAGGUAACCGCAGGGUGAUUAUUCCUCAGUGUAAAGAAGACGGUUCUUAUUUGGAAGUCCAAUGUCAUCGAACCACUGGUUAUUGUUGGUGUGUUGACGACAAUGGAAAACACAUACAGGGCACUUCCGUCAGAAACAGGCAGCUUCGCUGUAACCAAUCAGGUAAACGGAUCAAUAGGCGUGGAUCUUCAAUACAAAGACCAAGAAAAGGUUGCAGCAGCACUGACAAAACAACGUUUAAUAAUAACCUGGUGAAAAUCUUCAAGUCUGAAUACGAACUGUUACAGAACCCGCCUGACUUUGGGCUACCCGCAAACCAAGAGACCCAAAGGGUCAUUAGGUGGAAGUUUGACCAACUGGAUACAGACAAAGAUAAUGUGCUGAGAAGGAGAGAAGUUCGAGGUCUUCGUAGGAUGGCGAAGAAAACCAUAGAACCGCAUCAUUGUGCCAAAAAAUUUGUCAGACAUUGUGAUUUUGACAACGAUAAAAAAAUUUCUCAAGCAGAAUGGUCAAAAUGUCUCCUGACGGACAUAAGUAUCUUUCUUCGCAUUUUUAUGUCAUUAAACUCGGAGGAGAACCCCAUGGGUGCAUCGACAGAGAGGAAACCGCCACCCACAGGUGACGCUAUUCAACUGCGGGGGAGACCAUUUCCUCAGCCUCGACCAACGCCGAGGAAGACUAUAUUAAUAAAAGAAAGUGAUGAAGAUGUCUUGGAAGAGUGUCAAGUGGUGAGAGAAAAAGCGCUCGAGACUCAGAGAAUGUCCCCUCAGAGCGGUGUGUACAUUCCCGAAUGUAAAAAGAGUGGACGUUACAAAGAUAUCCAGUGCUUUGAGAAUAAGGAUAACGCCGUCUGCUGGUGCGUGAGUCCCACGAAUGGUAAACCAAUCCAUGGCACUACUUAUCAUAGCGGACGACCACGGUGCAGAAAGAUACGCAGAACCGCCAAAAUGUUUAAAGGUUGUAGAAUUCAACAUAAACAAACCUUUCUCUACGAAUUUCUGGAAUAUUUGGCCAAUGAAAUGAUUCUUUCAGCCCGAAAUUUAUCUUUUAGCACUACAGGCAGACCAACAGAUGAACAGGCAGCAAGAUGGAAGUUCAAGGAACUCGACCUUAACAAUAACGAGGUUUUAGAACGAAGAAGUAAAGAAUGGAAAACGUUUCGCACUUCCUGGAGACGCUUUAGAAAAUCUAAAAGAAGCCGAAAGAGGUUGAAAAAGUGCUGGAGAAACCUGCUUUGGUACUGCGACAAAAUAGGUAACGACGACAAGAAUAUCAGUUUGGAGGAAUGGCUAAAGUGUAUAGAAGUUAAAAAAGAUGAAAUACGCAAACCAGAUGAUACUCCAAGAGGAAAAAAUCCUUUUGACAGAAUACUGAAACCUCUACAAGUACAUUAGCCCGUUUCUCUGUUCAUUCUUCAGUUUGCUGCCACCAGUGAGUGCAAAACUUCAACUUCAUUCAAAGAGCUACCAAUUCUCUGUGAUCAGUGCCAUCUAGACAAUUCUCUCCAAUUUUUUUUAUAUUAUUAUACUUUGAAAACAACAAAAUAAUGUUAAAUACGUAAAACCUGAAAUAUAAUUUUUAUGUCACAAGUUAUAAAAAAAUAACACUCACCGUAACUUUUUGUUUUUAUACAUUGUCUCUAUCAGCACCAGUACUAGUCGUUGUAGAUCGGGUACAGACUAUCAUCGUCUGCCAGCUCUUAGUGUCAUCUGACGUUCAAUAAUAUAACUUACGAAAUAACAUCUUUAACUAAUAUACUGAACUUUUAUUACGUAUAACUAGUGCUGUGCCUGAACAGACGUGUGAUUUGGGGAAUUGUUGAUUGUAAAAUGAUUUGACAUUUUUCUCGGGACGCACAAGAUGAUUUUAUUUGGAGAUGAAUUUACAAGACACGUGAACCUUGUUAACAUAAUUUUUUUUAAAAAGAAACUCAAAUACUAAAAACAAUUUUUUCUUAAAUUAUCCCAGCAAGUUUAAAAAAUACUUGCAACUGAUAAUCUUUAUUUAGGUUUAAAUAUAAGGUUUAAAAAUUUUGGCUAUGAAAGAUGAAUAGUACCUAAAAUAUUUUCUAGAAACAGCUAAAGAAAAAUAAUA